AUGCCACAACAACCGAAUCUCUACGAGCAUAUUGUGGUGGAUACCAGCGAUGAAGAUUCCCUCUACGAUGCCCAAUCGAUCGUCGACUCCAACCUGACCCUCUCCUCUUCGGUACGCGACUACUGCUACGAGAAUGGCCGACGCUACCACGCCUACCGCUACGGCGAAUACCCAAUGCCGAACGACGAAGAAGAGCAAGACCGACUGGCGCUGAUGCACCACCUUUUCAAGCUGCUCAUCGGCGGCGACCUCUACCGCGCCCCGAUCUUCCAGCACGGUGUGCCGCGUCGCAUGCUCGACGUGGGCACCGGCACCGGCAUCUGGGCGCUCGAGAUCGCCGAGCUCCUCCCGGACGCGGAGAUCGUCGGCACCGACCUCAGCCCCAUCCAGCCCAGCUGGGCGCCCCCAAACUGCUCCUUCCACAUUGACGACGCCGAGAGCGACUGGACCUUCACCAGCGACGAGGCCUUCGACUACAUCCACGCCCGCACCCUAGGCGGCGCCAUCGGCGACUGGGGCAAGUUCCUGCGCCAGGCCUACGCCCAUCUGAAGCCUGGCGGGUGGAUCGAGAUCCAGGAGUACGAGGCCUGGUUCAAGGCGGAUGACGGCACGCUGCACGAGGGUCACCUGUUGACGGAUUGGCAGGAGAAGCUGGAUACGGCGAGCUGUCAAUUCGGAAAGAGGAUGAAUAUCGCGCCGCAUUUGGAAGGGUGGAUGCACGAGGCGGGGUUUGCGAAUGUGACGGAUGAUGUGUAUAAGUGUCCUGUCGGCUCCUGGCCCAAGAGUCCCCGGUUAAAAGAGAUCGGACGAGUUGGGAAAGUGACGACCUUCGAGGCCGUCGAGCCAUACUCGCUGGCUCUGUUUACUCGCGUGCUGGGCUGGACCUUCGAAGAGGCCCAGAACUACGUGAAUAAAGUACGUGCGGAGCUGCUCAGUUCCCCGUAUCAUAGCUACGUUCUGUUCCACUAUGUCUACGGACAGCGGCCGCUAGACGGGUAG